AGCGGUACUAACUCGACUAAUAAGAGACAUUUUUUGGCGGUUUGUUGGUAGGCUUUCAGACGCUUUGUUAAACAAAAUAUAAACCCGAAAUUAGCUUGUACCGGAACUGUCGAGUUACAGUGGAGGGGUCGGUGGGAUUUACUGGGAAACACAGGAAACAUCCAUUCAUUUUGAGGAGAAUACAGACAAUAUCGUGUUUGUUUUCCAAAGCAGCUAAAAACACAACCUCAAUCAUACUACAGGUUUUGGGAACUUAUAUAAUAUUCCUACUUCUGCUUUAACUACUUAAAAAAAUAAAUAUAAUUUAAAAAAAAAAAAAAGUCAAGUCAGGAAAGAUGCUUAUUAAAGUAAAGACACUCACCGGCAAGGAGAUAGAGAUUGACAUAGAGCCCACAGACAAGGUGGAGAGGAUUAAAGAAAGGGUGGAGGAGAAAGAAGGCAUCCCUCCUCAGCAGCAGAGACUGAUCUACAGUGGAAAACAAAUGAACGAUGAAAAAACAGCGGCAGAUUAUAAAAUCCAGGGCGGCUCUGUCCUCCACUUGGUUCUUGCUCUGCGAGGAGGACACCGAAGUAUUUACUCUAAACGUGCCUUGUAGCCGUCGCUUUGAAAACUACCUUAACUUACAGCUCCUUCCUUAAAAACAGAUUCACUGGAGAGUUUUGGCCGCAGAAUCACCCAACGAUACUGCAGCCAUUUGUAGAUCAGGAUCUACUCCUGUCAGCUGAAAAUGUGUUCAAAGCAUUGCUUGACCUUUGAAACAUUGCCAUGAGACACUCAGCUGGAAGAAAGGGCAAAGUUACUGUAAUCUUUUAAAACAAAAAGCUUUUCCUAUAGAUGUAUAAUCUAGAGCUGAUUUAACUGCUAUGAAAAACUACUGUACAGUAUUUUCAGGUUUCUUUUUAUUGCUCUAAGGAGGGCGGGCAUCCCUGACUUUCCUAAAGCUCACAGGUUAUCUUUGCUUCACUGACAGUGACACAGACUUAACUGUAGCAUGAAGAUGCUGUAGGGAAAUCGCUGUUACAAAUCAUCCACGUUAUAUAAUAACCUGAGGCAAGUGUCUGAGUAUCACUCGCUUGUUCUGCAAAUCAGCGUUUUUAGAGUCAUAAAGGAUGGAGAACUGCAGAUUAAAGUAAACGACAAGUGUUUCAAAUCAUGUACCACACAGUUGUUACUAUUUCAUUUGCUUUUUGUCAUCCUGUUUGACCUCAAAUGUUGCAUAGAUUCAUGCUGAGGACAAUGGUUUCUGAUUUACAUGGAUAUUGUUAAAUUGGCUUUUUAUGUUUGGAGAAGAGACUUUAUGCUUUGGUCUCGUCUUUUCAAUUGCUGAAUCAGCCCACAGUGUGUACUGAAGUGUGUGGAAAAAGACCUGACUUUGGAUUAGAAUGUCAAUGGAAUAAACAAAUACAUUUAUACUUUUG